AUGGUUGCAACGGACAAUUCACGAACGGGGGAACUCUCGGAAGUGCGCUACUUGGAAGCACUCGAGGAAGGAGCCAACAUUUCGGUGGACUACGGUGACAUCGAACUGCCCGAGUGGUACGACGAUGCGAAGAUUAAAAGAGCGCAGGAAUUUUUCAAGCGCAACUUGUACGCCAUGUUUGUCGCGAAGCUGUGCGGACUGCUUGCCAUCGUCACGGUGCCAUCGAUUUUGCGCAUAUUGGUCCACACGAAUCAAUCAUCCGAACCGCGAACUGCUUAUCGGCGUUAUAUCGCAACCGUGAUGCAUACACUGGAAUGGUACUACGAGGACAUGGUACCCACCUCGAGAGCAUGGAAAUCGAUCGCAUUCGUAAGAAAAACGCAUGCCGGUGUAAGCAAACAAGCCGCAACCGUUCGACCAGGAAUGAUCAUUUCUCAGCGCGAUAUGGCGAUCACACAGUUUGGUUUCAUUGGCUAUGCUAUUGUUAGCUAUCGCAAGCUUGGCAUACAGUUCGAUUCGAAGGAUAUGGACGCUUUCGUACACUUUUGGCGCGUUAUUGGACACAUGAUGGGCAUCGAAGACAGAUUUAAUGCCUGUACGGAUCGAUUCGAAACGACCGAGCAGCGGAUGUCACUGAUAGCGAAUAGAAUAUUGCAACCGACACUACUAAACCACACGGCCGAGUUUGUUAAGAUGGGCAAAGCGCUCAUCGAAGGUUUGUGGUGUUUCAACCCCUUCAUCGAGUACGACAGAUUCCUGUUUCUGACUAUGCGGUUUAACAACAUACCCGGUUACCACUACUGGGACGAUGAGGCAAUAGCGGAUGCAAGCGAAUGCAAACGAAAGGUGUCACAUUACGAACAUUUUUCUCGCUAUGCCCGGUUUCUGCUGUAUUGUGUGUGCUACAUCCAUUCGGUACUGCUAAACAUUGCCCUGUUCCGAUGGUACUUUAACUCACAGAUAGUUUUGUCCCGGUUCUUGAUCACGUACUUCCCGUUCCUUGCCUUCUAUCAGUUUGGUGUGGCAGAUUCGUACGUUCGAAUUUUAAAGUAAGUCCUUCUUGUUUGGCACAACUACCUCAGGAAGUCUAGGCUCGCCAUUUCUUAUUUUCUGCGAUUUUGUUUUUACUCGUAACCGGAUAGUCAGUCCUACGUACGGGGCAUUAUUAUUAUUAUUAUUAUUAUUAUUCUUUAUUGAUUGCCCCUUGGGCGGAACAAAACCUUAGGCUCUAGAGUAGUAUACAGUGCGAGUGAGAACAAAGGGAUUAUAGGAAGUUAACGGAUUGAGGGAUAGGGGUUAGCGGGGGUUGAGAGAUAAAAGAAGAGAAACCCGGAAAUAGGGAAUAGAGAGAUUGUAAUCGAAUAAAUCAGAGAAUCGAUUGAAGUUGCGCAUACAGACAAGAAAUGGGUCGAUGUAUCCGCAACGAGCACGCCUAGGAGUUGGCAGCGUAUGGCAUAUUAGAGGAGAGGCUGGUGGGAUCGACCAAGGAGCCUACACACAGCUAACUUCGUGAAGUAACGCUGAAUUUGCUGCAGCUUAGAGAUCCAAACUGAACCCGAAGGGCACCAGAUGGUGCUCGCGUAUUCAAGGAUUGACCAAGUCGCAAUAGAGCGACGUCAGGCACAGAGGGCUUGAUAUAUCGGCAGAGAAUCUGCGGAUGAGACCCAGAACUUUACAAGCUUUAUUUACAAUGUGGCUAUGGUGGUCGUGGAAGGUCAUUUUGCAGGCGAGGAUGACACCAAGGUCAUUGAUGAAGGAUGGCCGGUUGAGGAUUUGGGAGUUGAUAAAGUAAGAGGCUUAUACGGGGUUAGAAGAUCUGCUGAAGGAAAUUGGUCCGGAUGGGAUUUUAGACCGUCCCUGUUUUGUGAAGAUCGGCGCCACUACCAAUACACCACCGAUCCGUCCCGGGUUUAAGUAACACGUGACGUUAUUUAACUUUUAUCAGAAGCUGUUUUUUCUAUUGUUAUUUUAACUGUUACCGACCACCAAGGCAAUGCUCAGUUGCCAAAGGAG